CCGGUGCUGAGAGUUAUUCUCAUCUGACAGAUCCUGAAGCAGGUCAACAACUCGUCAGUUUCCAGUGGAGGGAGCCAGCUGAAAAAUAAUCCCAUUGAAAAUGGAGGCAGCAGUUCCAAUAGUAACUGCGAUCAUCGCUGGAGCCUCGCUGGCAGGCACUACCGUUGAGCAAAUGUCCACAAAUAUAAACACUGAACGGAAUGUUGCUAUUCAAAUUUCCAACUACAGCAAAAAAUAUAUCUUAAGAAAUCCAAGAGUCUUCACUUCCAGUGGAUACCCUCACAAUCCUCCUCAGCCUACAAUCAGAAAAGAGACACGGGAAGGCUGUUCAUUCACCAAAAACCCUGAUAAACUAUUGGGUUGUGUCGGUGUCUUGACAUAUGAUGUGUCUGAAAAUAAUAAAAGCAAGGCUCUUAGCCGUUUUGCCAUAAUGUUUUCUGUACCUUACGAUUACACCAAGUAUGAAAAUUGGUUCUCUAUUGGGCUCUUUGAUAGUGAGCGUUCAUGUGAUGAAUCUCUGUUCAAUCUGAUGUAUUAUGAAAAAGGGAGCUUUGUCAGAGACAAUGCAUCAUCCACAGAGAUGAAGUAUGAAGGGGAACUUUCAAUUGUUAAGGGAACAAUGUCUCCUCGAGCCAAGUCAAUAAUGAAAGUAGAAAUAUGGGACAAGUGAUCCAGUUCUUCACAUAAUCACUGCAUGUAGUCAACUGUGCCAAACACAUGCCUAAGUUUGAACUGAGUUUGAAUUCUUUCCACAGCAUAAUGCUUCAUUGAUUUCACUUUCUGUCACUGAGUACCUUAAAAUAACUUAAAUAAUUGAAUACACUGCUUGAAGUCAUUAGGGAUAGACAUGUUUGUUCCUUUCAUUUUGUGGCUUUAUGACUAAAAGGUUUAUGAUUAAAAAUAAACAUAACA